CCUCUCUAAAUCACAUCGAUUCUCCCUCACACUUCUCUUCACUCUUCUCUCCAAAGCCCUCUCUUCUCUCAUUUCCAUCUUCCUCCAUCUUUGAAAUCACUGCAAAAAGACAAAGAGAAAAGGAAAGAAUUAAGGAAAAUACUGUGUUUUCGAAGAUGUUGCAAGAUGUGUGGAAUGCUCAUCCCGGAUUCAGGCCUUCGAAAUCGGCCCCUACUUCUCCGGCGAAGCCACUCGGGGUUUCGAGAACUCGUUCUGAGUCCUUUCAUGCCAUCCACAAAGUCCCAGUUGGUGAUACUCCGUAUGUUAGGGCCAAGAAUGUUCAAUUGGUGGAUAAAGAUCCAGAGAGGGCGAUUCCUUUGUUCUGGGCAGCCAUCAAUGCUGGGGAUAGAGUGGAUAGCGCUUUGAAAGAUAUGGCCAUUGUGAUGAAGCAACAAAAUAGAGCAGAGGAAGCCAUUGAAGCUAUCAAGUCGCUUCGUAGUAGAUGCUCAGAUCAAGCCCAGGAGUCUCUUGAUAACAUUCUGUUGGAUUUGUACAAGAGAUGUGGAAGAUUGGAUGACCAAAUAGCAUUGUUGAAGCACAAGUUGUAUUUGAUUCAACAAGGUCUGGCUUUCAAUGGAAAGCGCACCAAGACAGCCCGGUCUCAAGGAAAGAAAUUUCAGGUCUCUGUGGAACAAGAAGCAACUCGGUUGCUGGGAAACUUGGGAUGGGCAUUGAUGCAGCAGAACAACUAUAUUGAAGCAGAAGAUGCUUAUCGCCGGGCACUUUCGAUUGCUCCUGAUAAUAACAAGAUGUGUAAUCUGGGAAUUUGCUUGAUGAAGCAAGGUAGAAUUGGUGAGGCUAAAGAAACUUUGCGAAGAGUGAAACCAGCAGUUGCGGAUGGACCAAGAGGCGUAGAUUCCCAUCUCAAGGCCUAUGAGAGGGCACAGCAGAUGCUCAAGGAUCUUGAGUCUGAGAUGAUGAAUAAGGGAGGGGACAGGAUUGAACAGAGCCGUCUCUUUGACGCUUUCCUUGGUUCUUCAUCAAUUUGGCAGCCUCAGCCUUGCAAGGAUCCUAUCAGCUUGCCAGCAGCAAAUGCAGUAAAACCACAUGAUGAUUUUGCCGAUGAGAAUGUUAAUUCGAAUAUAAUGGCAAACCAGAUGGCGAUUCCACAGCAGACAAGUGCCAAAUUAGUUGCUUUUCCAUUUGGAAAUUCUCUAAAUAUUGAUGCACCACCGUUCUACUCAUCAAAAUUGGGAAUUGCAAAAGAUCCAUUUGGGAAUCAAUUGCAUGAGACCCUUAAAAGAACAAGGUCCGGGAACUCUGCUAACUCCAUGAGAGUGAAUGAAAUGGGAGACCACACAAAGCCUUUCUCUGCAGAACUGGAAAAACCAGAGAUUAAGACAAGAAGGCUCUCUCCUUCAUCUGGGGAGAAAGGAGACAAACUGACAGAUUUAUUACCCGAUAGCGAAGACUUUGAAGAGGCUAUCAUUGCUGCAGUUCUUGGCCCAACAAAUGAACCAGGGAAGGGGGUUGAAACCAGCAAUCCAAAGAUCUUUCCAAAGAAAAUUGAUAAGAGGCUCAAGGUUUUCCAAGACAUUACUCUUUCUUUGAGUCCUAGAGCCUGACUUAACCUAGUCCCGUUUAACAGUCUUAACUAAUUUAAUUUCUUAAGUUGUACUCUUAGGUUGGAGAUGAACUUGUUCUCCUUGACUCCUAUUCCUGUAGAAGAAGAAGGGGUAGCAGGUCUUAAGGUGGUAGUAGCCACCUAAGAAUUAUUUAUUCACAUUUUAUUUAUAUAUGUAUGCCUCUCGAAUAAGGCAAAUCCACAUCCAUCAAAAUAAUAAGUUCAGUUCAGCACUACCACAA